AAUGUCAACCAACCCAGAUCUUCAAGCAAGAAGCUUUACACUACAAAGAGAAGCAAUGCACAGAGUGAGCUCAAAGAAAGCCCAGCAAAAUCCAAGAAGUCCAGAUUAGAUAAACAUCCAAAUAUAUCACACAUCAAUUUCCAGCAACAUGUAUCUUCAUCUGAACCCGACUCAGCGGCCAUGGCGCAAAUGAAAGAGAUGAUGUACCGAGCAGCAGCAUUUAAGCCGGUGAAUCUCACCAUGGAGGCCAUGGAGAAGCCCAAGAGGAAGAACAUUAGAAUAUCAACAGACCCACAGACUGUGGCUGCAAGACGAAGGAGAGAAAGGAUAGGUGAAAGAAUUAGGGUUUUGCAGAGGCUGGUCCCAGGAGGUAACAAGAUGGACACUGCAUCAAUGCUUGAUGAAGCUGCUAAUUAUCUCAAAUUCCUCAGAUCACAAAUCAAAGCACUAGAAGAAUUAGGGCACAGUAUGGGAUCAGUGAAUUUCCACCCUACAAAUCUUGCCUACCUUCCAUUCAUAAACUCAUUUGCCAUGCAAACCAAUUUUUGUUUCCAAAACCCUAACCCAAACCACCAUUCCAAGACAUAAGAUGGUAAGUUAAUGAGUAUUUCUAAUUAAUUUUGUAGCCGAAAGUCAAGAUACUUCACAAAAGAACACGAAGAUGAUCAAUCAUACGAGUUCUACAAUUUUCUCAUUGUAAUCCAAGCUUAUUCUCGGUAAAUUUGAACAUUAUAAAUUU